CUGACCACGAAGCCGGCGCAAAAUUGCCGCGUUUAUUAACUUAAUUCUUGUUUAUUGUGUAUACAAAUUCGUUUUUACCCACUUAAGGAAUCACAAUGGACGGUAUAACCGAGGACAUGUGGGCGCCGUACAAGCAUUUAUAUGGUGUAAUACAAUCGGCUUUAAAUAAUCCCAAGGCAGUUACCUCCGAUCUAGAGCUAUGUCUCAAGAGAUAUAAACAAAACUUUACGAAUUUCCUAAGGAACCCGCCCAAAAGCGAAAAGAGUCGCAGCCAGCUAAGGAAUGCUGUGAUGCAGGAUGGCAUUCAAUUGAAUGGGCAAAGUCGCAAGGUACAAAUCUCACAGGAAAUUGUCGAUGAGGCUCUCAUAUUGUCGGAUAUGUUUGAUCUGGAUGAGAUUUUUGCUGUGGAACUAUUGUGCACAGCGCAACGGCAACAGAUGCAUCAUCCCGGUCUGCCGCGUGGUCUUGUCGCUGUUUUAUUGUACUAUGAUGGCCGUAAGGCAAUGAGUUGUGCCCUCCGGGAUAUAUUUCAAGUUGUCGCCGGCGUUGCCUGGAGCACAGAAUUGCCACGUGAGAUAACCUACCUGAUAACAAACUUUUCUCAAAGUCUCGUUGAUGAUACAAAUAUCUUGGGUCGUCUGUUGGAGUUACUUACCGAUAUGGACAUUGAUAAGGAGAGCCUGAUGUUGACAAAGAAUCGGGCAUUUGGCUCAAAGAAGCAUCAGAAUCGUGUCUUGGGCAUGUACGAGGAUAUACGUAAAUCUCUUGCCAUGUCCCUAUUCAAUUGGUCAGCUCAACGUGGUUUGCCCAAGCCAAUUGCCAUACGUCUGCUUCAGUAUUUGGCCAAUAGCAAGGCAGUCGAUGCCUCUGGCUGCAUCGAUGAUAUCACAUUAACAAUGUUAAUGGCAUUGCUAUACUCGUAUGACACAUCCGUGUUGCUUCAUAACGAAAAUCAAAGCUCCUACACAUCACGACUGCCCAUUUUUACUGAUCAGGACUUUGCAAAGGGCUUUCAUGAUGCCAUUUACGGACAGAACAAUUGGCAAUCGCCUCGAUUGGAUUGCAUUAUCAAGUAUAGUUUUGGUCUAACUUUGGCCAGUUUAAGGCAUGCACCAAGCAAUCUUCAAGCAGCUGCCGGUGACAUUAUCAAUCGAGAUGAACAAUUAAUUGAUGAGGCAUUGGCUGCCAAUAUAUUUGGUUUCUUCUAUCGUCAGUUACUCGAAAAGGAGAUUGUUUACACCACUGAAUUCUUUUAUCGUCGUGUCCAUAUGCUCAUCACAGAUUUCAUAGAUUUCAUGCAUGCCAAAGUUUCCGAGUUACGUGGUCGUGCAGAUGAAUCUGCACGCACGGUUAUUAGCUUCACCAAUGAAGGACUUGAACCUCCUGCCAAUUUGGAUACAAAUUUUGAGCUACUCAUGCUGUGUGUUGCCAAAUUGUAUGGUGAUAAACGUUCCUGCAUUAAUCUCUGCAAUGAAUAUUGGGGACCAGCAGAGUCUGGUGGCGGUGGUAGUAAUGCUGUUGCCAUAAAUUCUGGUGGAUCCACUACAACAACAACCACAACAACAACAAGUAGUAAUAAUGGCAACUAUUUGAAGAAUACAUCACGUUCCGUUUCGCUGUUCAAGUUUAUUAGUUUGGCCAGUGAAUUGUUGCCACAAACUCUAUUUAAGUCGUAUCUAAAGAUGUUAACCGGCCUAACACGGACCAAAUUCUCGGCCAGAUGUGCUUUUAACUUGUUAAAGAAUUCACAGUCUGGCACAUCCACCUAUGCCGUCAGUUGGGAUCACUUUUUCACAGCCCUCACCAACUAUUACAACAACAUGCGCAAUGAUGUCAACUUUAGUAGCAUGGGUGCUGUUGGCGGAGGAGUUGGUGGUGGUGGUGGUGCUGGCGUUGCAGGUGGCAUUGGCGGUGGGUUUAGUGGAACUGGUGAUACCAUUUAUCGUAGUCGCGCCAUGCCCAGAAGUAUGACCCAACGGGAGGCGGAACAUCUGUUGGCUGUCAUGGGUAUUAUACAAUCGGUGACCGAAUACGAUGAGAUCUCUAGACUUAUGAUCUGUGAGCAUUCAAACUGGCAGACACCGCAAGUUCUUUUGGGUUUAAUCACCUGCUCCACGCCUUUGGUCCUCAAGGCGAAAUUGCUCUUCACUCUGGCUGCGCUGGCGAAAUCAAAGGAUACGGCACGAGCCAUCUGGUUCCAUUUGGAGGAAUCACAGAUUAUACCAACCCUACCGGUGGCGAGUACAUACACACAAUCCAGUUUGGCCGAAGAGAUCGAACAGAAUGAGAGCCGCCUGGAGACAUAUGAGAUGAGUCGGGGAAUUCUCCAUCUGCUUCACACUCUAAUGACCACACAUAUGCCAAAGAGUUUGGGCGUUGGUUCACGUAAACCAGGCUAUGAUGCGUAUUUCAAUUUCAUUUUGGACACCAUACUCUUGAAAUUCUACAAUCGGGCAUACAAAGAUCCCGCCGAGAAAUGGGAAGUGGGUGCAAAAUGUUUGAAACUUUUAUACUUCCUCUUGGCCACAUAUCAGCCCCGUGCUUCUGAUUUCCUUGAGCAACGCGACGAGCAUCCCUAUCCUGGCUAUCACAUAAUGUUGCGUCUACAUAUUAAAUCGGAUAUGUUGCGUCUUUUGCUACGCCUUAUCGAAGAGUCACGCGAACGUCUGGAUGAUUAUAAUGAUUUUCGUGGCAAAGAGUUUCUCGAGGAAUGUUCCCUGUAUGCUCUACUCAUGCUCGAGAUGGCGGUGUCCAAACAGAAUGCCUUCUUCGAGGCCCAUUCGACAGCGAAUUGCCCGAUUUUGUUAUCGGGCCUAAAUCGCAUGCUUCUUGACCUGAAUCCACGUAGUCGUAAACCAGAUUAUGUGCUAAAUAUCACCAAAUAUGUAACCUACAACAGUUGGCUGCCGCGUCAUACAUUGGCGGCAAUUAAAAUACUUGGCGCUGUCACUGUCCUGCCCAAUGUUGCCGGCCAAAUCCUAACCAUGUAUGCCCAGGGCUCAAACGAGAAGCUUGAGAUACGACAAGGUUUUGUUGAAUGCCUGGAAAUGGAUUGCAAUUUGCCACCAUCACAUGAUGAGCUAUUGGAGCAAUUGAAUCUGAUUAAUCCAUAUGAGGGGGCAGCUCCUCCAACGGAAAGUGAAAAUAGCAGCAGUCUGGAGACGAAGAAACCAUUGCGCAUUGAAUUGCAAAUUAAAGAGGCAAUUGUUGAACUAUUUCUAUUGAAUCUCAAUCAACCGUUGCCGAAUUUUGUAUGCUUCCUUUUGGGUAUCGAUGUGCUGCGUGAUUUUAUGGCCAAUGAGAAGCAACAAUUGGGCAUUGAGAUGAAUUGUGCGUGUUUAAAUUCAUUGGUAUUGGCACAGGAAAAGUAUUUAGAGAAACAACGAAAUGUUGAUGAAUAUUGUGAACAUACAGCCCAUUUGGUGGAACGUAUAUAUAAUCUACUUUAUGGCCUAUGUGCCAAUCGUCGUACAUCGGAGACAAUUUUACGCUAUUUCCGCUUGUCAUGUAAUGACUUCCUUUUACGUCAUUUGAACUCAAUGCCCUUCCGUCAUCCCAGAGAAGAACAUAUUCUGCAUGCCAUGAGCCAUCUACUCAAUUGUGUUGCAAUUGAAAUCAAAUUGGCUGCCGUCCAUGGCCAGACGACACGCUAUAAUCUACUCUGUGACAUUCUACUGGCCAGCAAUCCGGAUCCACAGCAACGAAAUAUCCACUCAUUGCCCUUGGAAUUAACCCAACCGACAUCGAAUUUCUAUGGCGUCGAUGGCACUUGCGUGGGCGAUGGUGCCAUUAAUUUGACCCUAAUGCAAGAGCAUGCCCUGGGUUUGCAUGCGAAUCGUAUGCUGGAUUGUCUAACAUUCGAUUCCCAUGCAUUAAGCCAGCCGCGUUUGGAAUUCUUUGAUAGUCGGCUGAUAUCACAGGUUCUCAAGGAUUGCGAGGCACCAAAUGCAAGUGCCGCAGCUGUUUCUGCUGCCUGUUCUGGUGGCGGUAGUCAGGGAUCGACCAGUUUAAUCAACAUACGUAAAUUACAUGACAUACUGCACGAUGAAUUGCGCAUGGUACAGAGCACCAUAGCCAGUGGCCAGCGCAAGGCAAUCACUGUAGAGAUAGCCACUCUAUUGCAGCAUGGCAUAGAGAUCAAUCGCAUACGGACACAUCGUUGGGCUACAUUAAACUUUAUGAACGCCUGGUGUCAGGUGGUUCAGAUUCUAUUUAGCAGCAUGCCCGAAGCUGUGCUACAGAUUGCUGUGCGACGUCAGUAUAUCAUCGAUAUCAUUGAGAAGAUUCUAAUGAAGGUGCAACCGAUGCAACCGUUAAUCGAGAUUUCGAUACAGAUAACCGAAACGGUUUUACUCUUAUUGGCCAAUCUGCGUUAUUGCUGUCAUCUAAUGGAGGAUCAGGGCAUGCUGGAUGAUCAGAACAGAGAUCAGACAACUGAUUCAAAUGGUGGUGCUUCAAUUGCUCCUGAUCAUGGUGGUGGUGGUGGUGGUGGUGGUAGUGUCGAUGGUGUGUUCAUGGCCAAGAUGGCCAAAAAAUCACCGAUUUUUGGUAAUAAUAAUGGCAGCAAUAAUAAUAUACGUUUCAUUUUGAAAAAACUUGUCGAAUGGAUAAUGGUUAGCGAAGUGAAAUCACAGAAAUUGCGCAUCAAUCUCUAUAGUGCUCUACUCAAUUGUCUGCGCAUUGUGAAACGUUUGCGUAGCGAUGAUCAUUUGGGUUAUCAUGAAAAUUUGGUUUCCCGUUUGGAUAGCUCAAGGGGUUAUAAUCAUUUACAACUUGGCGAUGAGUUGAUGCAACAAAAGGAAAUGGCUGCCGAAGUGAUUGGAGCAUUUGGUGAAAAACUAAUUGAUACAAUUUGCCAUGAUGCUGUUACAGGACAUGAUAUAUGCCGUAUGUUGGCAUUGGCAUGCCUCGAUAUGAUAUCUGAAUUGAAUGCGGUUAGCACGUUGAGUGAAUUCAUUACGGUGCGUGGCUAUCUGAAGAAUAUACUCGAUAGCCUGGCUAAAUCGACAGAGGAUUUGUGUGGAAUACUCCAACCGGUGCCCGAUAAUCUGCGUGCCCUGUAUGUCUAUGAGUCGCGUAUGUCGUUCCUUACGCGCAUCGCCCAGACAAGUGUCGGUGCACAUUUGCUGCUGGGCGAACGGGUAUUGGGUGUGCUAUCGAAUAUGAGGGUAUAUGAUAUGCAACCCGAUCUCAAGGCCAGCGAAUUGAAAAGAAAUUUCCCCAAAGAAUUCUUACCCAAUAUUGAUGAACGUUUCCGUGCUAUAUUAUUGCCAGCAUUGGCAUUAUGUGAUGCCAUUAUGAAUUCAUUGGGAUCGACAAAUAUGUCGGCAUCGUUGCAGAUAUUGAAUUUUCUAUUCGCCCACAUUGAUAUGGUUGAGGCAAUGCUGCGCUCUGCAACACCAUUCAUGGAUUUAUGCCACCUGCAGCAAUUGGCGGCGAUAACGAAUCUAUUUGCACGUACCACAACGCACGAUGUGACCACAUUGGAGGAUGGUCUGGAUGUACAAAACGAUAUGGAACUGAGGUGUCGUUUGAGUUGUCUGCAACAAUUGAUGAUUGUGGUUUUUGGUAGAUUCACGGUUAGUGAACAAAGUAUACGACAAAUGAUAAAUCAACAGCAACAACACCAUCAUCAGCAUCAUCAUCAUCUGCAUGAAUAUGAGUAUGAUGAAAGUCAACAGAGUUUACAUAUCAAAUACUUUUUGGAUAUUGCUGCCAAUCUAUCCUUAUAUUGUCGCAAUGCUGUAACAAGUCAUGAAAAGGAUGGCAUGACAUCCAAAUAUCUUUUAACCACAAUGAUCAACGAUAUAACACCAUUAACUGGCAAAUCAGAUGGCAAGAAACUAACUGCCAUUAUGCAUACCAUAUUGAAUCAACUGAAAGGAUCCAUUGGCUAUUAUCUAUCACAGAAAUCCAUUGCCGAUAAUCUAUUGCAACAGAGAGCAUCGUUACCCAACAUUACAUUUGGACCAAAUGGCAAACAAAGUUAUUUGGAACUUAGCCAGCGACACAAUGAGAAACGCAGUGAACUGAUGCAAGCCGUUUUUAUAGCCGAACAAAAUUUGUAUUUACUUUGGAUACAUUUAGACUUUUAUUUACGCAAUGCCGUAUUGUAUAUCCAAGAGAAUCGUAAUGCCAUUAACGAGAGCAAUUUGGAUCCAACAAAUCUAUCUGUACUAUAUGCCUCGCAGGAUGAAGUUCUUCAAUUGAAACAAUUGCUCAUCUCCACAUUCAACGAAACAUUCUGCACUCAGCUGAUCAAUGCCAGCGAAGAAUAUACGGUCAAGUGUAAGGGGUUCAAUGCCUCACUUUUGCGUCGUAUUAAGGCGCUGGUGCAAUUUGCUCCAGUGCAGGAGCAGGCCACAAUAUUAUAUAGAAAAUGAGACUUGAGAUACUUUCCAAAUUAAUUAUUAUUAUUUAAAUUUCAUUUCACGCUAUGUUUUUUCCUAUGUUUAUUGUUACGAAUGUUAAAUAAUAAUAAUAAACACUACAAAAUUAAAAUAUAUAAA